AGGAGGCUGGCCUGUGUGCUUCGCUUCCUUUGUAUACCUUUGUCAAAGCAACGUCACAUUGGAGACCUAUUAGAGUUUUCCACACCAUGUAAAAGAGUAAACAUACAGUUGUCCGCUGAAACUGAAGCAGAGUACUCGAACAGGAAGCUCGACUUUAUGUGGUUAGCCAAGCAUUGCAGUGCGCUCGGCUACAUACAGGAAGUUCGUAUCACUCGUUGGUCUUGAGGGUGAAAAGUUGCCUUUGCCUGUGAGCCCUUUUCGUGCCGCGCGCCUCAGGGAAUUUGUCUCAAAUGGCCCAGGGAAAGGACCAAUCCUUCGCAAGCCGCCUUUUCCAUAGAUGUCGUAAGAGUAGCCAAGAGCAAAAAGGACUAGAGAGUGAGGUGCCUCAUAUCUCUGAGUUCACCAUCAUGUGGGAUAAGUUCAUGAAAGAGUUCUUAGCUAAAGCCAAAGAAGAUUUUUUAAGAACAUGGGAGAGUCCACCACAGAGCACAACUGGCCUGGAUGACUUCGAUAGGUUCAAGACUCUGGGCACUGGCUCAUUCGGGCGAGUUAUGCUUGUCAAACAUAAAGAAUCAAAUCAGUUCUACGCCAUGAAGAUCUUGGACAAACAGAAAGUGGUGAAGUUGAAGCAGAUAGAACACACACUAAAUGAGAAGAGAAUACUACAGGCCGUGUCUUUCCCCUUCCUCGUCAGAUUGGAGUACGCUUUCAAGGACAACUCGAACCUCUACAUGGUGAUGGAAUACGUGCCGGGUGGUGAGAUGUUCUCACACCUCAGACGUAUUGGAAGGUUCAGUGAAAACCAUGCAAGAUUUUAUGCAGCUCAGAUAGUACUCACCUUUGAGUACCUUCACUCCUUAGACCUCAUCUACAGAGACCUGAAGCCUGAGAACCUGCUCAUAGAUCAACAUGGGUACAUCCAGGUCACAGACUUUGGCUUUGCCAAAAGAGUAAAAGGCAGGACCUGGACAUUGUGUGGGACUCCUGAGUACCUGGCUCCAGAGAUCAUCCUCAGCAAGGGCUACAACAAAGCUGUGGACUGGUGGGCCCUUGGAGUUCUCGCCUAUGAAAUGGCUGCUGGUUAUCCUCCCUUUUUUGCUGAUCAGCCUAUCCAGAUCUACGAAAAGAUUGUGUCUGGCAAGGUACGAUUCCCCUCUCACUUUAGCUCUGACCUGAAGGAUCUGCUGAGAAACCUCCUCCAGGUCGACCUGACAAAGAGAUUUGGCAACCUGAAGAAUGGUGUGAAUGACAUCAAAAAUCACAAGUGGUUCGCCGCAACAGACUGGAUUGCCAUCUAUGAGAGAAAGGUUGAAGCCCCCUUCUUGCCAAAGUGCAGAGGACCAGGCGACACCAGCAACUUUGACGACUACGAAGAGGAGGACAUUCGUGUCUCGCAAACAGAAAAGUGUGCAAAAGAGUUUGCUGAGUUCUAGUGAGUGGGCAGGAGUCCCAUCAGGGCUCACGUGCUCCGGGAUAUUUGCACUCUCCUGAGGGUUAAGGUGGAACUGAGGCCGUCACGUGUUCAAAACAAAUGCCUCGUUCCUUCAUCCCACACAGCUGAAUGAGGUCCUUCUUGCCAUGAUCCUGCGUGCAGUUAGCACUAACCUAUACACAGGCACAUUAUGCAGACACCCCUCGUGCUGCGACACAUAAAUACUAGACCACGUGCUCAUCUUCUGUCUUUUUGCUUUCCUCUUUUUACGUUUGGCACUUUUGAAUAGCCUCCGUCCUUAAUGAUUCAAUUCAAAUAAUUAAUUCAAAAGCAACAUAAAAAUCUAAAAUAAUUGAAUGCCCUUUUUCAAAUGGCACAAAGAGUGAUUGAUUGAUUGGUUGAUCGAUUGAUUGAUUGGUUGAUUGAUUGGUUGAUUGGUUGAUUGGUUGAUUGAUUGUAUUAGCUGGUAUUGCACAUAUUGUGAUUUAAGCUUUGGGAAAAUAGAAGGAUUUUUAAAUUUAUUUCUAAAAUAGAUGUUUGCCUGUUAUCUGUUACAUACCUGAGUGUGAUUCAGGGUUCUGUUUGUGAUUAAUCACGGACACUUCAACACAUAACAAUAUUCAUCAUUCUGGUGUCCUUAAGACCUAGAUCCUUGUAUUUUUUGCAUCUAGAAAGAUACAUAUAUGAGACAUAAGAUUUUGUGUUGUUAAAGCAUGACCACAUUUCCAACAAAGAAACUAGUGUUUAUUGAAGAAACAGUAUCACUGAUGCUGGCUUCUUGACGUUUCAGAGUUUCAGCACUCGGGCAUUGAAUCCUUGAAGAGAUGGGUUAACAGUGACAGGUGUUAUUAUGGAGCAGAAACGUGUCAGCGCUGAUUCAACUCAAUUAUAGGUUUUCUUUAUCCGUAUCUGGUUUCAUCUUAGAUAGAGUGGUAUUAUAUGAAAGGAACAGAAUUAUAUAUUUUUCAGGUACAACUUGGUUUCACGAGAGAGUAAAACGGAAGGGAUUUGAGUAGUUACUCCACACAACAGGUCACCUGUCCUUUAUACGGCCAGAACUGUAUGAAGUGCAUGGACAUGGCGUCUUUAAAUAGCUGAAAUGUAAAACAUUUUCUUGAGAGUAUGUUGUAGUAAAUGCAAAUAAGUGUUGGUCCCAAAUGUCCAUUCUGGGUUGCUUUUCAAUUUAGUUUUAAAAUGUUGCUUUGAAAUAGCACUCAAAAGACAUUAUGUUACUGCCAUAUUUGUUUUAAUUGUAUUUUUACGUUUGCAUGUUAUGUUUGUACAGCAGUGUCACAACAAGCGUAUAGUGCCCUGAAAGAUUUCCCAUCUUUUUGUUGUUAUUUUCUUGUGUUUGUGUCAUGGCCUGUGACAUUGGAGCAUUAGAUAGGCAAUGUUUAUCUGAGUGACAUAUUCCCCAGCAUAAUCCCACUAAAGCAAAUCUAUACCAUUAACCAUGAAAUGUUAACAGAAAACUGAAAUAUCAUAACCUAUAUAAGUAUUCAUUCAUCUUGGGCAUCACUUUGUUGGAACAUAUAUUUACCUCAACUAUAGCUUGUAGUCUCUUUGCAUCAUGUUUAACCAAUUUGUACACUGUGAUGGAGCAAUAUUUGCUCAUUCUUCCUUGCAACAUUGCUCAGGCUGGGUCAGGUCAGUAAGAGAACGUUAACAUACAAAGACAUUUCUAGAUUCUGGCUUUUGAAGAAAAUUGUAACUUUUCAUUGUAAAUCACUCCUUUUUAAGUUGUUGUCUAAACAUAUUUAAUACAUAUUUCCCCCCUUUAACACAAAUCUAGGUUGUAUGAGGGAUUUGUCUAUACUGAGCACCAUUCUUCAUUUCCUAUGAGUUCUGACACAUUGCUCCUUCCUUGCUGCUGGAAUGUAUUUCAUUUUCUGCAAACUCCUCACUGCGUGACAGGUUGACUUAGUGUUUUUAAUAGGUUAUCAUACAAUCUGUUUGUGAAAGGUUCAAUACCUACAAAGCCAAGGUGUCCACUUGUUAAACUUCCAGAUGUCAGAAAAGUCCUUAGUGCUCCUGCGAUCCUCUGAUGUCCUCGGGGGGGUCAGAUGUUGAGGUCAUUCCUGCAGGUCGGGCACUCAGGGUUGAAGGGGAAAUCAAAGUUUUUGUUUGUUUUCUUGUUGCAAACAAUAAUGCAUCAUUGACAGUCUUUCAAUUUAACAUCUCUUAAGUCUUCUGAAACGUUGAUCAUUAUUUGACAUGGUGCUCAAGUGUAUGUAGAUGAACAAUGCAAUUUAAUCUAGUUCAACAAUCUUUGACAACCAAAUGUGAAAAGGUUUGGUGGCUGAAUCCUUUUUUUAAGGUACUGAUGUAUAUUGUAAUUGACUAUGCCUGAACUUUUAUUCAUAUAUUGAGCACAUGAUGUGAUUUUUUAUUUAGCCCUGAUUUCAUUUUAAAGGCACAACUGUUUAUUAUGCUAUUUUAUAUUUAAAUUAGAGAUGUAUUCUAAAACAUAUUUUUAAUUAUUUAAACUCACAAAGUUCUCAGAAUAUAUAAGAAAACGUCAACUGUUGUAUUCAGAAAAGUGCUAUGAACAGUUAAUAUAAUAGAUUAUUUAUUUGUACCAUGCUUUUUUUAUUUGCCCUUAUUCAAAAUAAAAUGAAAAUAUUUAACACAGUGAUGCCACUCAAGCCUAUAUAAAAUUGUAGCCUAUUAGUUUAACUUAUUUUAUUAUUUGUCUUAAUUCUUUUUUUCCUUUCUUUAUUUGACUUGAAAUGACCUUUUAUUAAAGGGUGUCCAACAUUAUUUUCCAAGUUUGAAGGAUGAACAGAAUGUAAUUGCAGGAUUUAUGACAUUUUUUAUCUGGAAAAACUUUGAAAACUGGGAAUUCAGCAUGUUUCAAUCCAAACUGCCUGUGUAUAAAUCCUCCCAUAAAACAUAUGUAGGAAAUCCACAGCUCUUCUUAUGUGUCAUUUAUAUCCCAUGUGUGUAAUAAUGUUUGUCAUAUUUGAUGUAAAUGAUGGCAUUUUUCCCUGAACCACUUCACACUCCUGACUGAAGGAAAUCAGUUAAUGACUUCUUUGUAGCUAGUCACACAUGCCAGUAUGGGAUCAAUAAUCUGAAAUGUGUCUGUAUUUAGUUUGUGGGAUAUUGUGCACAUCAUUUAAAAGGCUGACACGUUUUUUCCCACCUAUAUUUACUUGUGUUUGCAAGGGGGAUAUACUUUGCUGUAGCAGAUUUUAUGUAACAAAAGAUAUGUCACUAUAAUAAAUUCUUUUUAUGA